UUUCAUUCAUAACCAACGCUUCGUUGAAGUAGCACAUCGAAAGGUUUUUUUGUGAAAGAUAAGCUUUUGUAAGAGCUUGAAUAGAAAACCAUGGAAUUCAAUAGAACGACAUCGAUUGUUCUGUCUGGUACAAUUAUAACAAUCGCUUCAGCCUACUAUAUCAAAAAGAAACUUUUACGAAAUAGGUAAGAAAUCCUCAAAUAGAAUUUAUACGUGUCUUAUUUCUUAAGAAAGAAUAAUUGAAAUAGAACACCAACAUUAUGUAAGAUCGUGUGACGCCUUUUGAUAAGUCAUCGAUAAAGUAUUUGGCUUAUAUAAAAGAUACAAUAUUCAGAGCAUUAUCAUAAUGACUCAUACAGAAAAAGUUUGAUGAUUUAUCUUCUUCCACGAUCUUUUCUUAGAUUUUUGUUGAUUUGUUUGUCACGAUAUUUUGUUACUAUUUUUUAGACGGAAGAAAGAACCACCAAUAGUUGCUGGACAUCUUAUUUAUGGUUCUGCUAAAGAUUUUAAUGAAAAUGCUGUUGAAUUUUUGCACAAGAGCGAGGUAGAACAUGGAAAAGUCUUUACAAUUCGACUAGUUAAUCAAUACUUAACAAUAAUCACGGAUCCAAGAUGUUACGAGUUGGUACAUAGGGAAAAGAAUUUCGACUUUGAUCCAAUUCAGGAACAAGUAAAUAGAAAUGUUUUCAACUUUAACGUUAUACACGCUGGUCAAGUUAUUAAGGAUAUGUCGCGAGCGACAAAGGGACAAUGGCUAAUUAAAGACGUUUCAAACUUUUCGGACAAACUAAAUCUUGCUCUAAAUAGAUUUGAGCAAGAGAACGUUGGCUUAAGACAAUUUUGCGCCGAAACGAUAUUCGACGCAAUCUUUAAUACAGUUUUCGGACAAUCAGAUAGGAAUGCUCCUUUUAAUCCGUUGAGAACUUAUAAGAAUUUCGAAUAUUACCACAAAUAUUUCAAUUACAUGUGGCUGGGUCUACCGAAAAAGUUUAUGCCAGGAAUUAUGGACACUCUUUGCGAUAUGUGCCAACAGCCUUCCGCCGAAGAGCUCCUUUCGAGGGAAGACUGCUCAGAGUACAUCAAAAGAGGCAUUCGUCACCUACUCGAAAAUGGUCAGACCGAAGCCGAUGUAAUUGGUCAUAAUUUAGUUAUGCUUCACGUAAACUACAAUACAUUUCGUAUGGCUUUUUGGGUAUUGUAUUAUUUGCUUCGAGAUGCCGAAGCUUGGAAGCACCUUUCGGAAGAAAUAGAAGAGUUAUCUGAUAAAACUUCACUUUCAACUGGAGACGUUGAUCGUUUAAGAGUGCUUGACUCAAUCGUUCAGGAAAGUGCGAGAUUAAGCAGCGGAGUUUUUAUGGUUAGAUACGUUACAGAAGAUACCAUGUUCAAAACACCAGACAACAAAGAGUUCUUAAUAAGAAAAGGAGAUAGAGUAGCUAUGUACCCUCCUGCCAUUCAUAAGGAUCCCAAUAUUUUCGCUGAUCCUUUGAAAUUUCAAUUCGACCGAUUUAUAAGUAAGGUAUUUUAUAAAGAUGGAGAAAUAGUCAAAAAUCCCGUUAUGCCUUUUGGUACUAUUUGCCCUGGGAAGAGGCUGGCCCUUCUUCAAUUGAAAUUGUUCAUUAUCAAUGUAGUCUCAAAUUUCGAUGUUAAAUUAAAUGAUGGAGAAACAACCGAAUUAGAUAAUACGUAUCAUGGACACGAAGUUCUACCGCCCACCAACGACGUACAAAUGACAAUCAAAAGGAAACGGGAAAAUCUCUCCUCACUUGGGUGCUUUUCUUAAAUGAGAUUCGCAUUGAAAUUAUUUAUGUCACUUAUUAAAAAGCCGGAUUUGUUCAAAACCAAGCAAAAAAAAAAAACGGAAGAGAAGAAUAUUUGUCAACUUUCUAUUUAUUUUACUUUUUGUUUCUUUUAUAUUCUUUUUUGUUUCUCUCUCUUUUUUCUUUUUUUUGCUGUCUGAUCAUCAGGCCAAAAAUUUUGCCAUAGUAAUUAACAUACUAUGAAUAUUAAUUUAUUAUUUGCAUAAUAAUAUUCCAGUAAAAUGUUUAAUAAGUAAAAAAGAAAAAAAAUGAAAAAAAAAUGACGAUCUGCCAACAAUUUAUGAAUUUUUGUUUUUUUUUUGUAUUUUAUCACAGAAAAUGCUCUUAACUGUCUCGUUAUAUAUUGUAUUUUUACUUGUCAUAUCAUCAACUAUCGCAAAAAAUCUGCUAUAGACAAAACAUAUAUGUUUUUGAAUGGAUGAUUUGUAAAGGAGAAAGAAAUAAGGCGUUCUUGAAAGAAAAAUAUGUUUUAUGCUAUUUUGAACAUAACAACCGUCUUUCUGAUGAACAAUAUUUUAUCUAUAUACUAAUGAGAACUAAUGUAAUUUUGUUUUGUCACUAUUUAUUCGUUCCUAUCUUCCUUUUCUAUAAGAAAGGAAGAAGAAUUCAAGUAACUAGUCUUUUACAUAUAUAUGGAAAUUCUACUUUGCCAUAAACGGUCAAAACUUAUAUAUAUAUAUAUAUUUAUUUCAAUAUAUACUUAAUCUUACCUAUAUAUAAAGUAGAUGAGAGAAAUUUCAAAUAUGAGAAUAAUCUGAAGAGAAAAAAUACCCAUGUUUUAUGAAUACACUUUAAAAAAAAAUCGUAUUAUCAGAAGAUAUUCGCGUAAAAAAAAACUGGUUAUCUUUAGGAUGAAUGAAGCUGAAAUAUAUCGUAAUAAAAUAUCUCG